CCCCCGUCCUCCCCCUUUCCUCUUUCUUCCCGUCUCGGGCUCCGUCCUCCCUUCGCUUCCGAUCUUUCCUCCCCUUCACAUUCCCUCCUUCCUUCUCUCUCAUUCUCUCUCUCUCUCUUUCUCUCCCCCCCCCCGUCUCCUCUGAAAAGGAUUUUAGCAGCCGGGCGGAGGUGGAGCUCGGCGGCAGAGGGUUAGAAGUGGAUGCGCUCAGAGACCGGCAGAGAUUUCCUUCCACCCCGUCGCCCGCCCGCUCCUCCGUCGUGUGCCGUCGCCUCGCCCGCGAACGCGUCUUCUUGGAAAGCAGCCGAAGAAAGGAGGAGGAGGAGGAGGGAAAGGAUCGGAGCGCCCCAACUCGUCACCUCAAGCAAGAACCCUGACUCAGAUCCGCCUAGUUCCCUCCCUUCCUUUAGACUGAGGGGGAGAGAAAAAAAGGAAGAGAAAGCGAGGCGGCUGGGGAAAAAAAAUCCCCUCCAUUCCGAGCUAACCGACCGGCUGGAGCCAGACGAGCUUCCUCCAAGCCAUGGACCAAGCGAGGGAUCUUCUUGUCUCUCGCCUGCCUCGGGCUUCCAAGAUCCAGCUGGCUUGAAAAGCGUACGUAGAGGGAUCCAUUCCUUUGCUUCCUGGUUGGAAGGAUCAGGGGAUUCCUGGCGGCUGGGAGGAAUCGACGACCCAGAUCUUCAGUUGGGGUUCUCCUCAGAUGGUGUGAGAGGGGGGGGGGAUCCCCAUCUGCUCAGCCUCCAGAUCCCGUCUGAUUUUCCUCUGGAUCUUUGAAGCAUUCCGCGGGAGGCGGGAAGUGGAAGGGGGGAAAGGGUCUUUGGAUCUCCCUCUCCUGGAUGGUACAGUACACGUGUUGCUCCCUUUCUGACGUUUCUACGGAUCCAGCCCUAAUUCUCCGGAAGAGAACUUCCCCAGCUCCUCAAAGGGUGUUUUUUCCCCCCAUCCCCUGCAUCGCUUUUGCAUAUCUGGAGACUGUGGAACACACUAACGUUUUAAGAAGAUUAUUUUAAGGCUUCUUUUCCAAAUUCCUGGAGGUAUCAGUUCUUGGAAGACUCCGGAUGUACGCAAUUCUUUUUUUCCGGGAAAAUGACCAAACAGUAUUUAGUCUUUUAGGUGCCUAGAUUCUAAGUGAACUCUGAUCUUCCCCAUCCUCUGGUUAGAUGUCUUGGCUUUCCAGAACAUAAAAGUUGGAUUGUGGUACCAAAACGUACUCGGGUGUUGCCAUUUGUUCCUUCCCUUGUUUUUGUAGGCUUGUGAACAGCUGGAAUUAACAUGAAAUUCUGACGCUGGGAUUCUGCUAAAGGGACUUAAUUUUGCAAUAUCUUCUGACAGAUCAUCUUCCUCUUCCUGAUCCUUCAAGCUACUCUUUCCCCUUUUCUUUCUUCUGAAUGUAUUCCCCGUACUCUCCCACCUUUCCUUCUCCUUUUCCAAUCCAGUUCUCCCUCAUUCCACCUCCAUCUGUCACUUCCUACCAUUUUCCUCUGAUCAUUUUUCUAUUUCUGAGCCUCCAUUUUCUGUUACUCUAAUACUGUCUGUCUUCUCCUUUCCAACCGUUGCCCAUUUCUCUAAACCCUUUCUACUCAUUUCCAAGCCUGUUCCAGAUCCUCUUUUUUCUCUUUCAUUACUCCCUCUUUCAUUCCAUUUUUUUCCUUGCCACUUUUGUUUUUGUCUUGCUUUUCGUGUUCAUUAAAUUGCUCUGUCAAGCCCACUUUCCUGUCUCUGUUUUCCCUUCCUUCUCACUCCCUGAACAUCCCACCAAAUCUUUUCUUUUCCUUUUUUUUUCACUCCUUUCCCCCACCCCCUAGAUUUCCCUCCUGUUUCCUGCUAUCUCAUACCUCCAGCAAAAAUGUCUUCAACUCCUCCACUGCCAGAAUGGAAACUCCAGUUACUGGAGCGUCGGCGAAAGGAGGAAGAGGAGACGCGGCGGCGGGAACAGGAGCAACAAGACCGCAUGGCUAAGAUGCCAGCUUGGAAACGGGAAAUCAUUGAACGACGCCGGGCCAAGCAAGGUUCAAGCACUUCUUUUUCUGAACCAAGCGGACCAGGGGAAACUGAGAGUGGCCCAUCCUCCACGCCUGCUGCAACAUCAUCCUACCAAGAGGGGGAGCCAGAGAGUUCUGUGCUACAGGAGAAGAUUGGUCCAGUCCACCAAAAUCCUUUCAUUCAACUGGAGAAGCGCCGCCAUCAUCAUGAGUCUGGCCCUCCGGAAAAUGAACUUGCGAACACCAAAGCCAAGCAAAUAGUGGAUCUGUGUGGGCAGAUUCCAGGCGUCCGGACCCUGCGGGCAGACAAUGUCAUUAUCAUUGAAACAGCCCAUGGGGCGCCACCAGCACAGCUGGCUAGCGACCGCCACUCGGCAGAAGCCAAAUCUGGCAGCAUGGAGUCCCUCAAUGAGCUGCUGGCCCGCCGUGGGGGCAGCGUGACUGAGAUCCGUGCAGGGGAGGUCUUCAUCGUCAAGUCGGCUUUGAGCCGCAGCGUGGAGGAUCUCAACGCCGUGGGCCGAGCUGAGCAUCGGGCAUCGCUGCCCGAGCAGCGCCAAGGGCGGGUGAGCAAACUGCUUAGCCGGUUCAGCCAAGAGGACGGUGGAGGGAUGGUGAUGCCAUCGCCCCCGGUGAAGUCCCUCAGCACUGAGAAUUUAACUGAAAGCAGCAGCUUUGGAGGAAGGAAGCUAGUCCAUUCUCCGGCAGACCCCAUCCUGGCCCGGCUGCCCUGUGUCAAUCGCCUCCCCAGUCCUCCCUGUGACCUCCCGGGACUGACACCCCCAGGCCCUUGCACUGUGGCAUCUUAUCGAAGCCAAUUUGAAGCUAAAUCAAGCAGUGGGGAGGGCUGGCCAGAUAGUCCCCCAAGGCGCUCACCCACUGGGAAAAGGUGGGGAAGGGAGGCUGUGUCCCCAGACAGAGGGCCCAGGAUGGAGACCAGUGAUAUGGAGGCGGCAGUGGAAUGCCCCUCAGCUGAGGACGAUAUCCAGGGCAAAGCCUUGGCCAACCUGCGCCUCCACUCCAGGAACUCCUUCAUGGUAGUGCCACUGAGGGCUUCAGCUUCCCCUCCCCCAGAACCCAAGCAGGAAGCCAGUCCUUCUCCUCCUUCAGCCAAGCCCCCAGUCCCCACUUCCUGCUCUUCACCCAGCUGUGAACAACUUCUCCCGGACGCUGUUGAGGAGCCGCUGUCUGAGGCCGAGGCCAUGCGACGCAGCAGCAACAGCAAAGUUAAGGAGGACGUCAGGAUGGGAAGCCUGGCCCGGGGCUCAUCCCCGCAUCCAGCCAUGCAGCGUCGCAGUGGCAACACCAUCACAAUCAAUCCUCGGAAGGCCCCUGUGUCACCUGUCACGGCUGUGGAGAACGGCAUCGAGAGCUCUCCGCCAAUGGCCACGAUGCCCAUGAAGAAGCGUUACCCCACAGUGGAGGAGAUCCAGGUGAUUGGAGGCUACCUCUCCCUGCAGAGAUCAUGUCUUGCAAAGAACGACCGACAUCGGAAAAAGCUUAAGAUUUCAUUCAGUGAGAAUCAGCUGGAGAGGACAUUCCAAUACCCAUCAGAGAGUUCCCUACUGGAGGAGUUUGGGCCCCCAGAAGAGUCAGAGUCUUUGGUUAGCACAAACCCCCUUGGAGAUGAGGAAGAGGAAGAAGAGGAGUUGCUGCUGCUUCAUCGUGGCCUCCCUGGCCUGCUCAGGAGCAAACCACUUAUUGUAGAUGAGUCCUGUCGGCGAUAGCUUUUCUUUCCGGUGCAGGAAAAGGUAGAAUCCAGUUCAAGAUUGAAGUCGUGUUCCAAACCCUUCAGCUGGACCUUGAAUCUCUUUUUGUCUUCCAAUGACUGACAUACCAAGGAAAAAGAAACAGGGACCAAUAAAGACCUAUCAGCCUUUCCCUACAGCUUUGAAGGCCAAAUGUUUCUUUCUUCGGGUGUUACGCACCAUCUUCACCCGCUCUUCUCUUUGCGUUGACCCUGAAAACAGAAUCUCUUCGCUUAGGAAAAAAUAUCCCACAUCUAGAUGGCUCCAAAUGGUGCAAAAUGCAGUCCUAUCUUAGAGGGGAAUCUCAACCAAUGCUUUUUCUGCCGCUCCUAUCAGUCAGUGAGGAGCCUGUGGACAUGUUUUAAAACUUUCCCUAAGGAAAUACCAUUGAACCUUCAAACACCAAGGGCUAACAUCAUUGACCUAUUUUACUCCUUACCAUCAACCACACAGCAUUUGAAAAUUUCAGCUCCGGGCUGAGGGACAUCGAUGUAACUUUGUCUGGUUGUUGUUGUUGUUGUUUUUCUGCUUUUUUUCUUUUUGAUAAAGUAUCUUGUCUUGUUAUGAUGUUUAAAGGAAAACAAAGCAAAGCACCAUAUUUCGGGAGGGGAGAGCAGGGAAGGUUACACACUGCUUUUAUCAGUAUUCGGGGGGUGGGAGGGGGGCCAUUGAAGAGGAAGUCAAUUCAACAUAGCAUGACUCUAGGUGUGAGUAAUAUGGCAUGUAACUGGGCAAUGGGGAUGGGCCUCUCUGUGUUUUAAAAGAAGAGCACUUAGUAAGGCAUGGAAUUGAGCAAUUAGGGAAAAGUUAUCUCUGCACAGGAGGCAGAGACCGUUGUUCUUUGUGGUGGCAUUUUGUGUUUUCUCUGUCUUUGACUUCAGGCUGGGGUGGUCUUGUGGGACUGCCAGGCUAAAGUAAGUAAACGGAACAAGGGGGGGAGGCAGGGGGGGAUGGAAUGGACAAACAAAGCAGAAUCAGGAGAAAAGUACAGCUUCUGGUUUUAAUUGCAUCCAUUUCAUGUUUAGAAUUCACAACUCAUAUGGACGUAGAUGGGUGGGCAUGAAGUGAAGUGAACAGAGCCAUGAAUG